UAGGUUUCAAGCCCCAUUCUCCCAACGUUAGCAACGCCUGGCACAAAUAUACUUCCAAGCCUAAAUUAUUAUUUCGGUACAUCUAAAAAAUUGGUCAAGAUUGCUCUUUUAUAUAGCCAUAUUCAAAAAUUGCGACGUCAUCGCUUCAAUAGUAUGAGUACAGUACUGCAAUCAGCUGUCAGAAUAGCCGUUGGGCUAGCUGCCGGUAGCGUGUUUACCCUCAAACUCGCCCCACAUUUGUUUCCCGUCAAGUUAUGCAAGAACAUUACAGAAUGGAAAUCAGCUAAGAACCCUGGCGACGCACCAACAAGUGUACCUGUGCCAUCACGAUGUCAACAGCAGCUGAAAGAGGUUCUACAUAAACUCGGCAUGGCAAAGGACGAAAAGAAAAUCAAGUUGUUCAUUUGUAAUGGAUAUUCGCCAACAUCUGCCGGUGCUACAUGGCUCCCUAACGGGGCUGUAAUAGGGCUGCCAAAAUACGUGUUAUUUGAGCGAGAAGAGGACAUUGAAGCAUCGGGGCUUACAUUCAAACAGCGAAGUGUUAACUGGAAGAGCAAACUUGCAGGAAAGCUUAAAAGAUCGCUGCUAGCUAAUGACAGUAAUCUGUCCUUUCUCAUAGCACACGAGCUUGCACACAUACAAGGCUCUGAUGUAGUGUUCGAUGCUCCCAUUGCUCCAAUUUGGCUUUAUGCAACCUAUAAACUGACUAUGUCUACUCAGAAGUUCUUACGUAGAGGACCGAAGUUUCUUGAUGCAGUGCUAAAAGUUGGUAUAUGUGGCAUGAGCUUCGUUAGUUACUCAAUUACUAUGCGUGCUAUCAGAUAUCAGCGUGAAUAUUCUGCUGACGAAAAAGCUGCCACUAUAGAUCUAGGCUUUGCUCUUGGUGGUGUUGACUGCAUGAUGAAGAGGCUUACCCUGAAUACAGUCCUUAGGGUUUUAUAUGGAGAAGAUGGGAAGAGACUUUAUUCAGAGAAAGGAGAGAGCCUAAAGAACAAUUCACAUCCAAAGAUUACAGACAGAUUGAGAAGAUUAGAGAAAAUCACUGCAGAUAAGCUUAAAGAAGUUGGAAUUGCACCUGAAGUCAUUGGGGGACCAGUGAAUAUUACCAUAAAAGAUGAAUAAAAUAUUUAAAAUUCAUAUUCAAUUUAUUCUGGGAUAAAAUCAUUGGAUGUUUGAGAACAUCAAUAAACAAAUAGUUUGUUUUGGUAGUCUUGGUAAAAUUUUGUAUAGCUCAAAAUACACACUUUGCUUAUCUACUUGUUGUAAAACUGCUGUAAUUGUAUUUUGAUUUAUCUUCAGUGAUUAAAAUUAACAUAUUUUGUAAUA